AAAUCAUGGAAUUGAUCAAUCAGCUAUAAAGCAAAUUCAUAAAGAAAACCAGAGGACUAGUCCUGUUGUUCAUAGAACAGGUUUGAAAGGAGGCCUGAAAACACCCAAAACAGAGAAAUUGAACAACCAUUCACAAGCAAUUCAGGGACACAUGCCUAGAAGGGCAAAACGAACCCCUAAAUACAACGAACUAAACCACCAGAAACCAAAUGAGAGCAUCAGAGCAAGACCCAACUCCAAAACCUCACGAAACAUAGGCAGCUCUGCUCCUCCAUUAUUGCACAGCUAGCUAGCAGCACUUCCUGUGUAUGUUAACCUUCAAAACAGUAGGCAUUUGCUCCACCCCCUCAAACUUACAAACAUCGUUCACCUCUAACUGAUUAUCUUUCACGAAAAUGGACCACCCUCCAAUCAGUCUGCUAUGUUUUGCACUAUACCUCACACACCACCUUUUGGGACUCCCAUCCAUAGGUAUGAUAAUGCAGAUGUCUUCAACUUUGUUUGAGUCACUAGUUCUAAAAUACUUGGGAGGCACAGGCUGAACAAAACAAGAAGCAUAUAUUACUGGUCACUCUUAAGUAAUCAACACUGAGGUAACUUUUCGAGUGAAAAGCUUACCAAGACACAUCCUUUAAGACCAGAGUAAGAUGGUGCUAUUUUAACCUUGAAACAAGGGUUUCCAGAUUUGGAAGGUCCAACAUCACAUGUUCAUCUGUAGAAACUAGAAAGUGUGAAUUUUUGAAAAUCCUAAAACCCCAAUCUUUGUAGAGUAUGAAACAAAGUCAUCCAUAGAUGGCUUCAAUUUACACUCUCCAGCUCCAGUUUCUCUCAUUUCAGCCGUCGAUUUCGGCUAGGAAGCACUUGGUCUCCCUUGCUGCGGAGAAAUUUAGAGCCGGAUUCGGUCGCUUAAACCGUGCUCGAGUGACCACCGAAAGUGGGAAGUUCCUAUUGAGAGCAAUUGGCGGUUCCAAUGGAGGUGACCAGCAAUCCCAAGAUGAGCAAGUCAAGAACGAAAACGGCACCGUUAAAGAAGACCCAAUUGCCAACUUUCAAGGGCUUCUUCGCUCCUUGCCUCCGGUGGCUUUUGUGGCGAGAAGGCAAGCUGGAAGUAGCUUGGCAAUGGCUUUUUUGGCUGCAACUGUAGUUUUGGUUAUUACUGUGAGAGUGUACGUGUCGAGGAAGGCAAGGUACAGCCAUCCGGGCUCUGUGGCUGAUCUUGUCAGACGUGGGCAGCUAAGAUCUGAUCGAAGAGGCAUCUCAAAGCCUUUGAAGUAUGAAGACCCAUUCAAUAAUCCAAUGGUGAAAGUUGGCAAGAGCAAUUCUACCAUAGAGAUGUGUGGAAAGGUUUAUCGCUUGGCUCCAGUUAUUCUAACAGAACAGGAGCAAGAUAUCCAUCGGAAAAGAAGGUCACGGGCAUAUCAGUGGAAAAGACCUACCGUAUUCCUCAAGGAAGGGGACUUGAUACCUCCUGAUGUCGAUCCCGAUACAAUCCGAUGGAUUCCUGCAAAUCAUCCAUUUGCAACCACUACCAGUGACAUUGAUGAAGAUUUGGCGCAGAACAAUGUAUAUCAAAAACAUGGUGUUCCAUUUCGUAUUCAGGCAGAGCAUGAGGCAUUGCAGAAGAAACUUGAAACACUUCAAAGUGAUCAAAAACUCAAUAAAUUAGUGAUCGACACUGGCAGUGCGAAAGAUUUUGAGAGACAAUUCAAGUUCAAUCCAAAGUCACCCGAGCCUACAAAACAGAACCCUUUUAGUAAUCAAGAGAGUGAUUCCAACUCUUCUAGAUUGGAUGAUGGCCCCAAUUCCUUCAAGAGCAGUUCAUCAUCUGAGGAAACAGGGACAUCAGAUUGUAAAUAGAAAUAUAGAAUGGCGGCAUUGUAUGAGUCUUGAUGGCUGACCUGCCUCAACAGACACGUUGUGAGUUCGUUUUAGCAAUGUGGAUGUUUCAUUGUGGAUUUUUGUGUUGGAAAAUAACUACAACCAACAUGCUUGUGUAGCGUCUGUUUACUUCUAUGAUCCUGUUCAAAAGCUUAUUUAGUGAAUCAAUUUUGCUUUGAUUAUUGAGGCAGCUCUCUUCA